UAGCAAAUUUCUUUACCACCAUAUGUUACUAUCAACCUAACCCAAGACACUUUCUCUCCUCGUUGACCCAAAAACAAAUUAUUCAAACGUCGACAUCCUCACCACUAAUUCAAUGAUCUUGUUCACUUAAAUCAAUUCAUCAAAUCAUUUGAUUCCCACAUGAACAUUUCAAUUCAAACCUUCGUUCAUCAUGCCUACUAAUUAACUACUCCAAACAAUAUUAUCUUUGAUCAUCCCUACGCUUCCUUCAUCCAACUUGGUCAACUCCAUCCUCUUCUUUCCAUUCAAUCAACUUCAGAUUCCGAUCUUCUGCUAACAUCUCAAACAUGCUGGCCCUGCGCUUUUUCUUCGUUUGCGCUAUCCUCUUAAUUUGUCCGCCGAUUUUGAUUCAGGCCCAACAACCAUACAUCAGGAAGUUGAGUACAAACUGUGCUGUCACAAAUGCUUCAACUUCUGUUUUCGGUUACGCCUGUAACGGUGUUAACGAUACCUGCCAAGCUUAUCUCACCUUCCGAUCCAAACCCCCUUAUAACACGGUUGUUUCCAUCGCCGGUUUAUUGAAUGCAAACGCUACUCAGCUUUCACAACUCAACUUGGUCUCAGAAAACUACACUUUUGGAACUGGUGAGACGGUGCUUGUGCCCACCCGGUGUUCGUGUUUGGGUCAGUUCUAUCAAGCGAACACGACUUAUGUUAUCCAGUCCGGAGACACGCCUCUCUUGAUCGCCAACGACACUUUCGGAGGCCUGUCAACGUGUCAUGCUAUUAACACCGAAAGAAGCAAUCUUACUACUGAUAUUUAUACAGGUUCAAGACUCACCGUGCCAUUAAGAUGUGCUUGUCCAACCGAAAAGCAAGCUGCUGCUGGUAUUAACUAUUUGCUGUCUUACUUGAUCACUUGGGGACAAACGGUUUCGGCUAUAAGUGCUAUAUUUGGAGUUGAUACUGGGCUGACUCUUCAAGCCAAUGAGUUAUCAGAAACCGAUUUUAAUAUCUACCCGUUCACCACCCUUUUAGUUCCACUUUCUAAUCCACCUAAUAAAUCUCAAACCAUAGCACCGCCACCGCCUCCAACAACAUCGCCACCACCAUCACCACUGUCGCCACCACCCCCCACUUCCGCCAAUGAUCAUAAAUGGGUAUAUAUGCUUGUAGGAGUCCUUGGAGGGGUUGUUCUCACAUUUGCUAUUGGGUUGUGCAUUUUCUACCUUUUCUUUUCAAAGAAAAAGAAAACGACUCCACCUACGGUUUCUUCUGCUUCUCAGAGCUUUGAAGCAAUUGUAAAACCAGGGGAUAAGAAGUUGGAUAUUGAUGAAGACUCGGAAUUCUUGGAGAGUUUAAGUAGCAUAGCGCAAUCCCUCAAAGUAUACAAAUUUGAACAACUUCAGUCAGCCACACAAGAUUUUAGUCCCGAUUGUUUGAUUAAGGGGUCUGUUUACCAAGGUACCAUCAACGGAAACCUUGUUGCCAUCAAGAAAAUGCAUGGUGACGUGUCAAACGAGAUUCGUUUACUUAACACUAUUCACCAUCAUAAUCUCAUUCACCUAGCAGGUGUUUGUUUUGAUGACGGUCAUUGGUAUCUUGUUUAUGAGUUUGCUGUUAAUGGGCCAUUAAGCGAUUGGAUCUAUUAUAACGCACUAAGCAGCAACAAAUCGUUAAACUGGAUGCAGAGAAUACAAAUUGCUUUAGACGUAGCAAACGGGCUUGAUUACCUCCACAGUUAUACCACCCCUCCAUAUGUUUACAAGAAUCUAGAAAGCAGCAAUAUUCUUCUUGAUGGUGAUUUCAGAGCAAAGAUUACAAAUUUUGAUCUUGCAAGGUCUGCUGAAGGGCAAGAAGGUCAAUUCGCACUGACCCGACACAUUGUUGGUACUAGAGGUUACAUGUCUCCCGAAUAUUUGGAAAACGGGUUGAUUUCCACAAAGCUUGAUGUUUACGGAUUUGGCGUUCUGUUACUUGAAAUAGUUACAGGAAAACAUGUUUCUGAUCUCUACGAGAUGGUGAACAAGAAUUUGUCUGAGGUUUUAUAUGAUGUUCUCCAGGAAGAAAACACAGACACAAAUGAAAAGUUGACCAGUUUCAUUGACCAACGCCUCCAAGGGAAUUAUCUUCCGGAACUCGCCAUGUCUUUGGUCAAACUGAUUGAUGGUUGCCUCAGUAAAGAUCCGUCAGCUCGCCCAGAUAUGAAUGAGGUCUCACAAUAUCUUUCUAGGAUUCUGACUGCCUCACAGGCUGGAGCACUUUCAGUAACCAUUUCAGUGCAGGCAAGAUGAUAAUGUAAAAAGGUUUAAUUGUGUAUUUUUAUUAUGUAACAUGUUCUUGAAAAUAUAUCAUCUCGUGCUCUCAUAAUUUAUCCA